ACCAGGGCAACGUCUCCAGAGCUUUCAUCAGACUUUUUUUGGGCGGCGUCUGGGAUCGUACUGAUUUGGACUGGGACGAUUUUUUUGUUAGAUUUUUAACAUUUUUUAAAAAAGAAGAACAAAAUGGCUUUGAGAGGACCUCUAUCCCGUCUUCUGAGAACUCAACUCGGCCACACGUGCCAACAAAGCCGAGCUCAGUCCGUCGCGGUGCUGGGAGCUCCGUUUUCAAGAGGACAGAAAAGAGGAGGCGUGGAGCACGGCCCGAAAGUCAUCAGAGAUGCGGGACUCAUCGAGAGGCUCUCCGGUCUAGACUACUCUGUCCACGACUUCGGAGACCUCGACUUCCACCACAUUGAGAAGGACGAACCCUACAUGGACGUCAAGUUCCCUCGCAAUGUGGGCGCGGCAAAUAAAAUGGUGGCCAGCGCGGUGAGCAGAGGCGUCGCCGCCGGACACACCCUCGUCAUGCUCGGCGGGGAUCACAGCCUUGCCAUUGGCUCGGUGGGAGGCCACGCCCGGCAGUGUCCUGACCUGUGUCUCAUCUGGGUCGACGCGCACGCCGACAUCAACACGCCGAUGUCUUCUCCCUCGGGGAACCUUCACGGCCAGCCCGUGGCCUUCAUGCUCAAGGAGCUGCAAGACAAGAUGCCAGAUAUCCCAGGGUUCUCCUGGAUGAAGCCGUUCCUCUCCUCGAGGGACCUGGUCUACGUCGGGCUGCGUGACGUAGACCCCGGAGAGUACCACAUCCUGAAGGACCUGGGCAUCCAGUACUUCACCAUGAGGGACGUCGACAGACUCGGCAUCCAAAGGGUCAUGGAAGUCGCUCUUGACCAUCUUUUGUCAAGAAAACAGCGCCCGAUCCACUUGAGCUUCGACGUCGACGCAUUCGACCCGUCUCUGGCGCCGGCCACGGGAACACCGGUGAACGGCGGUCUGACCUACAGGGAAGGAAUCUACAUCACAGAGGAAAUCCACAACACGGGUCUGCUGUCGGUCAUGGACCUGGUGGAGGUGAAUCCAACGCUGGGGGCCAACCCCGAAGCGGUGGAGGCCACCGCCUCGCUCGCGGUGGACGUCAUCGCCUCGUCUCUGGGACAGACGAGGGAAGGCGCCCGCGCGUCCACCGACCAGAUUCCCUCCGCGAAGGACGACACGGAGCUGCUUCGCCUCUGAGAGCACGAAGCGCAGCUUUGAACUUUGCCGACAUCGUAUGAGCAUUCCAAUAGUAGCUAUGAAAAAUUAAAAAAAAGGUUUUGUUCUCCUCUCUUUGACGUUUAGAGUUACGUUUCACGUUGUAAACUUAAUUUAAUUUUAUCUAUAAAAAGGGCUUUACAGAUUUGAGGUAAUAAGUUCACAUUGAGUGUUCUACUUUUAAUUUUAAAGGCAAUACUAAUCUACUUGGCUCCUGUAUCUAAUACGUUCAGUGUUGGUUGACGGAGCCACCACAUAUUUAUUAUGCGUUUGGUUAAAAAGUGAACGGACCUGCCUCACGGGUAUGAUAAGCUAAGUUUGACUUUGUUUGAAGACCACAAUCUAACGUGGACUCUCACGACUGUUUUGUGGCCGUCUGUUACUCAACUAGAAAUGAUGUUUGGACCAGCUGUGGUGACUGUAUUUUCUUUAGUGUUUUACUUUUUGUAUUUUCACCAUGAACACAGUAGAACAUGUAUCGGCGUCCAGGUUUGAUUCAAAAUGCUGGUGGGAAGAAAAAAACUUGGCAAUGUGCAUUUAGGUUUGACCUGAUCUAAAGUUUGACUUCACUAAACGACUCCUGUACUUAGAGUUUAUGCAGUAUUUUGGUCUUCCAUAAAUAUGAUGGGAUUUUU